AUGCGGAGACGGCGGCGGCGGGGUGGGCUGGCCCUGCUGCUGGCCGCUCUCUUCGUUUUCGGUACGGUGCUGGCGCUGCGCACGCUCCGCGCCGCCGAUGCUCUCCCCGCCGGAGCGUCGGGGCUGGCAGAGCCGCCCGCUCCUCCCGGAGCCCGCGAGCCGGCAGCGGGGAUCGGCCCGUCCUACGACCUGCACGCCUUCUAUUACGCCUGGUACGGCAGCCCGCGCUUCGAGGGCCGCUACCUGCACUGGGAUCACGCCCUGGUGCCGCAUUGGGACCCCAAAGUGUCGGCCAGUUACCCCCGGGGCCGCCACCGCCCGCCCGAUGACAUCGGCUCCAGCUUCUACCCCGCGCUCGGCCCUUACAGCUCCCGGGACCCCGCCGUGGUGGACGAGCACAUGGGUCAGCUCCGCGCUGCCGCCAUCGGAGUGCUGGUUCUGUCGUGGUACCCACCCGGCCUAGCAGAUGACAGCGGGGAACCAUCAGACAGCCUCGUGCCAUUCAUACUGGAUGCUGCACAACGGUAUGCCAUAAAGGUUGCCUUCCACAUCCAGCCGUACAAAGGGCGCGAUGACCACACAGUGCAUGAGAAUAUCAAAUACAUCGUGGACAAAUACGGAUCUCACGCUGCUUUUUAUAAGUACAAGACCAGCACUGGCAGGAGCCUCCCGCUGUUUUAUAUCUACGAUUCCUACUUGACACCAGCUGAAUCCUGGGCCAACCUUCUCACACCAUCAGGUUCCCAUUCUCUCCGUAACACCGCCUACGACGCUGUGUUCAUAGCGCUGCUGGUGGAGGAAGGGCACAAGAAGGAUAUCCUCUCUGCAGGAUACGAUGGCAUGUACACGUACUUCGCCUCCAACGGUUUCUCUUUUGGCUCAUCCCACCAGAACUGGAAAGCCAUCAAAACUUUCUGCGACUCCAACAACCUGAUGUUCAUCCCCAGCGUUGGACCGGGCUACGUUGACACCAGCAUUCGCCCCUGGAACAACCACAACACUCGGAACAGAGUCAAUGGGAAGUACUAUGAAACAGCUCUGCAGGCUGCUCUCAUGGUCAGGCCAGAGAUCGUCUCCAUCACGUCCUUCAACGAAUGGCACGAAGGCACCCAGAUUGAGAAAGCUGUUCCCAAGAAGACCCUGACACGUCUUUACCUGGACUACCUUCCUCACCAGCCCAACAUGUACCUGGAGCUGACCCGCAGGUGGGCAGAACAUUUCAGCAAGGAGAAAGAGCAGUGGUUGAUGUGACUUCAGCAUCUGCGUUCCUCAAAGCCAUCCCACUGACAGAGCUGCAGCACAGACAGGUGCUUCAGAAAAAAACCAAACCAACAAAACCAGCUGCAGAACCUUCAGGCUGCUCAGUGAGCCUGCAGCAGCCUGCAAGCACCCCAAGGACUGCAAGAGUCCCAGCUCUGAAGCCGCAGGAGGAAGAAUUACAAGGAGCAGGAAAUCUCUGAGCAGCAAAGUCUGACUUUGUGCAGAUGUAGCAGAGAUGACCUUUUCAGAGCUCUUCUGCAAUGCAUGGGGGUGCUGGCUUCAGGGCCAAAGAUCCAUUUUUCCUUAUGGUGUGUACGUUCUGUGAUGUCUGACAUAGUUAGCUGGGUUCCAGCAUGCAUUUUACCCUCUGUCUGCUGCCACCACAGAUCCCUCACUCCACUAGCAACUUCAAAAGCAUUUCUUUACCAACUGGCUGCAAAAAAAGAAAUAAAAGUUCCUCUAAAUUGUUUACUGUAGAUGAAACUAAUCCAUGCAGUUACCCUCUGGCUUAUGCAGGCUCUUCUACACCAAGUUCUGUGCAAGGUGUUGUUACUAUGGCUCACUGUUUCCAAAUAACUCAGGGUAAUUGCAGCCCAAAUGCUAGUGGCUAUUUACCCCUACUACUCAACAUGCUGGAAACCAAGGAAAUGCAACCAUUUCUCUCCUAAAAGUUCUUCAGUGGUUGUUUACUGCUCCAAAUUUUGAAAAUUUAGACCUGAAGUUGCUUUAUUCACUUCAGAAUCAA